CUUGCCCAAGGGUAAGAUUCCAUUUGAACAACUCCAGGUGUCCCACUAAACCAAAUUUACUCAAUCCAGAUGCUUGUGAAUACCGUUGCAUACGACGACUACACAUCAAUUGUGUUUUUAAUGGACUUGCCACCUCGAGACGUCACUAAAAUCCAGUCUAUUUGUUUUUAUUGCUAUCACUCAGGCGUGUGAUGAAAGGCGUAUUAGCUUUUGUUGACUUUAAUUGAUUGCUAUUGUUCAACGGCUUUGGCUUUUUGGCUGCCAUGGUUAUAAGCAUAGCAAUGCUUUAACAACAAUAAAAAGAGUUGUGCCGCAAUUCACAUCAAUUGGUUGACAAUAACACCAAGGCCUUCGUAAUUACUGUUCAGCGCUGCUCUAUUGAAGACUCUAUAGAUCCAAACCUUACUGUGCAAGAAACUUAACCUACGAUGAAGACUCUGACUUGGUCGGAGCACCGUCUGAUAGAAGCGAUCACUUCAUCGCGCAUUUAUCAGACAAGGCAACUUCUAGAGACAGGAACCUCGGCUGAAUUUCAAGACAAGGAAGGAUUGACUCCAUUGCUCAGAGCUUUAAGGUUGGGAGAUGAAAAGCAUCGCACAAGAACUAGCUUGGUCAAGUUGUUAUUGCAGUAUGGAGCAGACGUAAAUUCUACUGACCCCGAGGGCAGACACGCACUCGCAUAUACCUGCCUCACGCAAAAACUAGACCUCGUGCGGCUUCUUAUAAACACCUCAGUACAUAAUCUGGAUUUUAAUAAGCAAGAUUUAGACGGGAACACUCCUCUGUUGCACGCCGUUAAAGUGGGAAACCUCGAGAUCGUUCGCGUUCUUUUAGAGAGCCUCAACAGGUUUCAGAUUAGUGUAGACGUAAGGAAUGCUGAAGACAGAACCCCAUACCUAGAGGCGGUCAAGUUAGGAAGGGAAGAAUGCGCUCAAAUACUACGAGAUGAAGGCAAUGCCUCCAUGAAUAUCCAAGUCAAUCCUUUCUUGGACUUCGCGAGUGGAGAGAGGGUGGUUAAGCAUGGAGAGGUGAGGAGUGCGGGGACAGACUCUAUUCACAGCAAGGGUUCUUCACGGGCAAAAAGCAGUCCUAAACACAGGAGUGCGAAGAUCGAAAGAUUACGGAAAACAAAAGAAGAAAAACAAAAUCGAUUAUUGAAAAGAAAGGCUUCGCCCCCAAGUAUCAUAAAGGUGGAAAAUCAAGAAGCAGAUAAAAAUCCAGAAAACGAAAAUAUAAAUGGUGUUCAUAUAGUCAGAGAUGAACUCCAUGUCAAAGAGUGUGUAACAAAAGAAUUAGAGAACAAGCCUUUAGAAUUAGCCGAGAUAGCUUCUCCUUCACCUCAGCAUCUCUCAGUAUCUGUGUCCCCCGGUGGUGACGUGCUGAGCUCAAUUGACACCCUGAUAAUUGGGCCCGAAGGCGACACGCCGAUACCUCGGUCCUCGAGGAUUAGCAGGCCUCGAACUGCGGCGCGUAUACACAGCACCAGGCACGAGUUCCCAGGAAGAACAUUUCUAACCUCGGCAUUCUCACAACAGUGCGAUACCAACCGCGAUUCGCCACUUGCUAGACUACCGUGGUCGCGACACUACCGGGCCAAAACCGCACCUAAUAGAACCCUAGAGUCGCACAGGGAAGCCAACAGGAGGUCCAGUAUUAAAUCAAAUGGUCUGUCCGAUGUCCGGGUCAGUCUUUACACUCAAUCCCCCGAACACACGCGGACACGUCGAACCAAGGAUAAAUUAGAUUGUAAUGAUUGCAUGGACGAUAAUUUUAGCUGGUAUUCCCAUUUCAGUGUAAAUACGUCUCCUUCAGUCGCUUGUAUUCACAAGAUGAUGGCGUUAUACGCAGAACAACACUGCCCGGAAUCCUCGUAUCGCCUCGGCUACAAAUUUGUGCCUACCGAACAUUUCCCGCCUUCCUGUCCGACUCCCGAAAGCGAAAUCGAAGGUCCGGCGACAGACGGCCGAAGCUCUUCGGGUAGCACAGUCAAGUCACUCCAUAUGUCGUCGGCUACUCCUAGUGGCCGCAGUAGGAAGUUCUCGACUAUUUCUCGCAGUGUGACUCCCUUUUUGUCAUCAAGGAAGUUAGGAUCUGCGGCGAAAGGCAAGGCCGGGAGAACUUGAAAGGAUUUACCGAAGCUUUUCUUCCCCAAGACGGCCCCCUAUUUCCCUUUUUUUGUAAGGGUGUGCUGCUAGGAAACUGUAGCUUCCAAUAAGACUAAUAAGUCCUUAAGAUCGUUUGAACUUUUCAAGCUAUAGGCGUAUUAUUUGAAAAGAAACUAUUGGUCCUAAAUAAAAAAACGGUAUAUUUUCA